AUGGCCACUGAUGAUCAAUAUACGUACGAGCCUCAGUUUGUGGAGGAUGCUGGUAAUGUAGAUGAAGAUUAUGUUCCAUCGUCUGAAGCCGAGACUGAUACAAGCGCCUCUGAAGACUUGUCGGAGCCAGAGAACGUGAGAAGGGCGGGGAUUGAAUAUGCAGGUUGGCAGAAUUUGCAGAUCGACGAGGAUGAUGACGAACAGGGCAAGGAAUUUUCUGUCAGCAAAUCAGACAGCAGACGAGUCUACUUCAAAUGCAAGCAUUCAGAUACGUGCCCCUUCAAGCUCCAUGCAUCGUCACAAGAUGGAGCCAUUUGGGGAGUGUAUAAGUUCACCAAUGAGCACUUAUGCGACGGUGAGCUAGGGCGCGUAGCGCGAAUAAAGGCCCCCGCAAAAGUCGUCGCAGCAUAUUUAGCACAGAAGAUACACGACGAUUGCGAGAUCUUGAAGCCGAAGGCCAUCCAGCUGGAGCUGCGACGUGAGUUUGGCGUACAGAUCAAGUACGAUGUUGCAUUGCGAGCCCGUAAUCGAGCCACUGAGAUGGUUUAUGGUCGACAUGAUCAGUCCUUCGAGAUGAUGCCCAAGUACUUAUACAUGUUGAGACAAUCCAAUCCCGUGACGAAGGACGGCAACGAGAGUUUGUUCCCACUCGCGUAUGGUGUUGGCCCGAAAGAAAACGAUGAAUCGUGGACUUAUUUCAUGUCACGCAUUCGACGUGUUUAUGGCCAAGCCGAUCCACUUUUGAUUGUCUCUGAUCAGCAUAUCUCCAUUGCCAAUGCUAUCAGGAAUGAGUUACCAAAUGCAACCCACGGCCUAUGCUACUACCAUUUGCAAAAUAACCUGAAGCAUUACGGUAAGGCAGUGGUCGAGGAUUAUCGACAAGCUGCAUUUGCGUACGAGAAGUCCGACUUCAAUAGGGCUAUGAACGCCCUGAAGUUUAUGAAGAGAGCUGCGUACGAUAAACUAAUGGGGAUUGGGCCGGAGAAGUGGGCUCGUUCGAUGUGUCCUAUGCAUGUGCGACGCUACAGUUUUAUGACAUCAAAUGCUGCUGAAGCUUUUAAUUCCAGAUUGUUGUGGGCAAGAAGACUUCCUAUAUGCUCGAUGUUAGAGGCAAUCAGAAUUGUUAUUGAGAAAUGGUUCAGCGAGCGACUAAGGGCUGCACAACAAAUCGAGCAAGGUUUGACUGCUGAGGCUGGUAAAAGGGUAGCUAUUGAAGUCCAAAAAGUCGUCGAUACACUGCACAAAGGUUGA